GGGCCUCUUUGUGCUGACGCUGGGCCGCGGGGGGAAACGGAGGGGGACUGAUAUGGCCGGAGGACCGGGCCAGAGCGCCAGUCAGUCAGCAGAGGAACGGCCGCGCGACAGCGCGCCAUGGAAUAGGACCGCCCGCCCGCCCGCCGCCGCACGCAACACACACGCUCCCCGCCGCCGCUCGCACCCCAGAACGCCCCCGCCGCCGCCGCCAUGCAGGAGUCCCCCGGAUCGCUCGGCAUGGACGGAGGCUACGCCAGCAACGUCCCGGCCUUCCUCACCAAACUCUGGACGCUGGUGGAGGACCCCGACACCAAUCACCUCAUCUGUUGGAGCACACCUGGCACCAGCUUCCAUGUGUUUGACCAGGGCAGAUUUGCCAAGGAGGUCUUGCCUAAAUACUUCAAACACAACAACAUGGCCAGCUUUGUACGCCAACUUAACAUGUAUGGAUUCAGGAAGGUGGUGAACAUUGAGCAGAGUGGACUGGUGAAGCCAGAGAGGGAUGACACAGAAUUCCAGCACCUCUACUUCCUGCAGGGCCACGAGCACCUCCUGGAGCACAUCAAGAGGAAGGUUUCCAUUGUGAAGAGUGAGGAGACUAAGGUCCGGCAGGAGGACCUGAGCAAACUGCUCUAUGAGGUUCAGGUGCUGCGUAGCCAACAGGAGAACAUGGAGUGCCAGAUACAAGACAUGAAACAUCAGAAUGGGGUCCUCUGGAGGGAAGUUGUGUCUCUCAGGCAGAACCACACGCAGCAGCAGAAAGUCAUGAACAAGCUGAUUCAGUUUCUGUUCAGCCAGAUUCAAUCAAACUCACCCAGUACUGUGGGAAUGAAGCGGAAACUACCCCUCAUGGUGGACGACGGCUCCACCACUCCACCGGCCUCCAAAUUCAGCCACAGCCUUCCCAUGGACCCCCUGCACGAGCCCUACUAUAUCCAGUCGCCGUCCACAGAUACUGCCUCCUGCUCCAAUAGCAAUGCACUAACUGGAGGACCAAUCAUAUCGGAUGUUACUGAAAUGUCACAGCCUUCCUUGGGUAUGCCCGUGCAGACGGAGGAGCCGAGAGAGAAGUGCCUGAUGCUGAUUAAGGAGGAGCCGGUAAGCCCGGGAGUCCGGGGCAGGGGGGAGAGUGUCCCCAUGGGCUCCUGCGAGGUGUGUGCUGAACCCCCCAUACUGCCUGUCGCCAUGGUGCAGUCCGUCCUGGAGGGCCGGGGCUCUGGAGGGGGGGACAGAAGGGGCAAGAGACCCACGCUGGAGAGGCCAGAGGCUUCUGACAGUGUGGAGAAUGUGGACAUGAGCCUGGAGGACCUGCAGCUGCUCCUGAGGAACCACCAGCAGGGCAUGGAGCCCACCGCAAGCAUGGACCCCUUCAACCCCAACCUGCCACUGAGUGAGUGGAACUUCUCAGACAUGGAGGCCAACCUGAAAUCUUACAUGUUUCAGAACCAGGAUGCAGAGGUCUACGGUGGCACUGGGUGUGAGGAACAGUGAGGGACUGAAGGAACCAUUGGAACAAACUUAAUCUGCAGUGAGUCUAGGACUGGGGGAAAAAAACACUGCAAGGCUCCUGCUGCAACCCUGGCUUUGUCGAGGAUUGACUGGAAGCCCACAAUCAAAGCUUCCUCCAAUCAGAACCUCAGGUCCUGGAGUGUCUCCAAAUCCAACUGGAAGGAAUCAUGUCACUGAAAGCCCUGUCGUUCCACCAUUAAUCGUGGCUAUGUUGCUGUGAUUGAAAGAAAAAAAAAAUACAUACACAUUAUUCUUUCAGAUUUCCACUUCCUGGAAAAUCAGACAUAUUUUGGAUGAAACCUCACUCGUUCUACCGCACACUGACUGAAAUCCCCUCAGCACUACAGCACCAGGACGAAGCCGAAGCUGACCACACCUGUACCUGGGCAUCUGUGACUGCCGUAUUCCAGUGGGCGGAGCCAAUAAAGAACAAUGUCUGAUUGGGUGAGUUUCGCUCCCAAUCACAAUCACAGUUCAAGCUCAAGCCCAAGCCAAAAAAAAGGGGAUGUUACGAAGACACUGUGCAACGCCAGUGAGCCAAAUACCAGUCCUUUCUGUGGAGGCCCACAUUUUGUACGCACUUUUUCUGUGAGACGGUCUGCAGGUGAACCUGGGAAUUUUUUGGUAUACCAGUUGUAUUAAAUUAUAUUUUCUUGCAAAAAAAACCCCAAAAAAUUAUAUUUGUAUUCAAACAUAUUUAUAAACAUAUGCGCACUAUUAAUCUCCUGUAUGUUUUUAAUGUGAGGUUUCACACUUAAAAGGUGAAGAAAAAAAACCCAUAUUUUGCUUUUUUGCACAAUAUUUUGUGUUAAUAUUUAACCUGAAUAAUAUUUUUCAUUCAGCACUCAGUACUUUCCCUGUGCGCUUGUAGAGGAACUUUGGCAUUUUAUACUUUUGGCUUAAGUGUCUCCAGUGAUAUGAAGCAUUGCUGUAGAACUUGUGAAUGAGGAAUUGAAAGAAGAAAAGAAUCCUUUUGGAACGCGUCCAUCCAUAAACAGUAUGUGACUGAAAAUCUCCUCCGAGGUGGCCUUUCUGUGACUUAAAGAAUUUGUUUCUGUACUCAGUCCUACAUGACUGAGGAUGUGUCGUUGCUUUCUUCUGUGGCCAAGAAAAGAGCUCCAUGUUUUUUAUUAUCAUGAAUAUUCAUGAGCCCAGCCAAAAAACAGAUGGAUUCAUAAUAACUAGCAGUUACAAAGCCUCCGUACACCUUUACAGUGAUUUGAAUCAGAAGAGGUUACAUCUCACUCCCAGUUAAUAUUCAUGAGAAUCUGCUGUACCGAAAUAAAACAGAAAUGUGAAUUUCGGUUGGGAAGGGGAGGCGAGCAUAUAUUUUCCUCAGAAGGGUGAAGGGUUCAGCUCAUGCCAGCGAGGGCUCAGCAGGGAUCUCCGGGUGUUUUAGACAGCCUAUAAACCUUCAUUUCAAUCCGCCCACAGCCGUCUGGCCCCUGAAGUGAAAAAGGUUCCUGGAAGACUGUAGUUUUCUCUCAGAACACAUUUGCAUACUCCAUCCAUUGAACCCACAGGACAUCCUACCUCCCCCCCCACUUAUAGCGAGAGCCACUGGGGGCCAAAUUUUCCUAUUAUCUGAUUGACACACCCCCUCUCCACCCCCCCCCCCCCCCCAAACUAAAAACACCAUUUCCCACAGUUCCUCUCUCUGCCCCCCCCCCCAGUUGGGGGGCACUUCAGUUGUGUUACUUGAGAUUUUUUUCCCUUCCAGAAGAGUUGUCAGGCCACACAGUAAGGGCAAAGAGGAAAACUACAAACAUGGAUACUAAAAAUGGCAACCACAUCAAGGACUUUGCAGCAAAGCACUCUCUCGUGCCUUCACAUGACAUGAAUUAUGACCACGCAGUAAAACAACAGCAGCUGUUUUUAUACAGUGCUGUUUGCAGACAUUGAAAACUAGACAAAGUGAUUCAUUCACAGAAUCGCUAUUAUCAACAUUAUAUUAUCAUCAAUAUAGUAUAGCACAUAUACAUGCUUUGGUGCAGAAUCAAACGAUGUUCCCGAAGCCAUUUUGUGGUCGCUGUAGAGUCGUAGGACUUUGUAUACUUUGUAAAUUGUGGUGAGGGGUGCGUUUUCACGUCAUGACCACAAACGAGGCCGAUGACGUCUGAUCAGGGAGAAGGCUUGCAGGCAUCAACAAUGCAGAGGCUUUCCCGUCUUGGCUGCAUCUUGAAAAUACACUACCGGACUCUUCAUUCAUGUCUUCUUGAAUCGAAGGAAACACGCAACACUGUGCAAUACAACGAUUUGUGCGAUUUCACGCGGAUGCAAUACCACAAUGACCAUUGGAAUGUAAAGACACAGAAAUGGACAGCCAGCACCAUUGGAUGUCAUGAUAGUCUUAAGCAUAGGCAGGGAAAACAAAGAUGGAUGUGGCAAAAAAAAAAAAAAAAAA